UAGGGGAUGAGAAGCAAAGUUAGCACACAGCAAUCUCAGCAACGUCCUGUGGGCUGUAACUUGGACAUCCACGACCUGCACCCUGUGUCAGAGCUUUUCCUCAAAAACUUCAAACAGUAAGGGAUCCACUCUCCUUUAGCAUCCAAAGGCCUGAAAAGCAUUAGCUAAUUAAAUUUAUCAGGAGAUAGUACAGGGAGACGGAACAGAGCUAAUCUGUGCCUCCUGAAAGAGUCGAUGGAAAGGAAGAGAGAGGUGGAGGAGAGCAGGAGAAAACGGUGGAGGGGGAGAAUAUGCUACCAGGAUAUGGCUGCAGCGAGAGUUGAGGAAAAGGAGGAUGAGGCGGAGGAGGAAGGCAAGGAUGCCAGCAGCUUUAAAAAGGUGAACGAGGAAGAAGGGAGCAGGGAAGCAGGAGAACCUGAAAAAGAGAAGGAGGAGAAAAGUGAUCACUCGAAAAGAAGGGAAGGUGAGGAGAUUGCUGAAGCAAAUACAGAAGACGAGACGGACAAGAAAGACGAUACGGAGUGGGAGGUUAUGGAGUGUGAGGAGAUAGAUGAAGGGGAACAGGUACAGAAAGAAGAUGAGAGUCAAAUAACUGAUGGCUUGAGAGAAGAGAGAGAAAAGGAGCCAGAGGAGAAGGAGAGGAUGAUGGACGGAAAGCAUGGUGAUGAAAGUGAGGAGACCAGGCAUCUGAGGCGAGAACCAGAUGACACCUGUGACCUCAGAAAACAGAUAAACGAAACUCGGCUUCAUUAUUUUCAGCAAAAUGAAGAAAACGGCGAACAGAGACGUGUGAAAUGCGAACGUGACGGCACAUGUUUAAGUCCAGCGCAAUCAGUUUGCAAUGAAGAUGAUCAGAGUACUGAGAAACAGAAUCAGGAUGAACUAAACUGUUCGAACAACAAAUCACGGAGAUCUCACAGGAUUAUUAAUCAAGACUAUAAAACUCUGCAGAGCAGCAAAGAUAAAAGCAAGACAUUGACAUGUAGCAAAAUGACAGAAUCUUGGAAAGCUCAAGAAGAGACUGGAUAUGAUGUUGGAAAUCUCCAAGAAGACGCAAAUGGUGUGGUAUCUGAAGAUCCACUGGAUGAGGAUGAGAAUGAAGAGGACGGUUUUAUAAAGAUGUACUAUAAAGAUGAUUAUCCUGCAACCGUUUUCCUUGCCCUGAAAGAGUUCAGGGAUUCUUUUACUCUCACUGACCUUACGCUGAACACAGAGGACGGCCGGAGCAUAUGUGUCCACUCCACCGUCCUGGCUGCUGUCAGCUCACUCAUCUGGGUAAAACUGAGUGAAAGAAAAGCAGAAAACAGCAGCGUGACUGAAGAUAAACCUGCUCACGCCGCUUUUGGAGGCCAUGGGUGGUCAGUGUCUCUUGGUCCAGAAGUGGAUUGUGUCGGAUUAGAGGCGGUGGUGGAGUUUGCGUACACUGGACUCAUAUUAUGUUUGAAUGAGCAAAACGUUGACCAGAUACAAGUUGCAGCUCGAGCAAUGGGCUCCCCUCGAGUUUUGGCCCUGUGUCACCUGUACGAAGAGAAACCCACGUUACUUUGCAAAGACAAUAAAAGGGUAAAACUCUCUGCUGCCGAACAAAUGCGCGUCAAUCUGGAGUCUAUAAAACAGUUGUGGAUGGACAGAGUUGGUUGUGAUGUCCGGUUGGAUGCAAUCGGUGGAUCAGUUCUUGUUCACAGAGUUAUCCUGGCUGUCAGUAGCGACUACUUCCGUGGGAUGUUUACGUUGGGUAUGAAAGAGUCCCUUCAGUCUUGUGUGAGUCUUCCUUUCCUCUUGGCCUCAGAUCUAGAAGUUCUGAUUGGCAGCUCCUACAACGGGGCUCUUCCCCUCAACUGGACAGGUGUCUUUGAGAUCGCUUGCCUUUCUCUUCAGCUGCAGUAUCAACCUGCCCUGUCCUUGGGCUUUAGCUUCCUUCAGCAAGAAAUAAAUGCCCACACUUGCCUUGACGUGGUCUCUUUUGCUGAAGCCUAUGAAAUGGCACAUCUUCUUGAAGCUGCAGAUGAUUUUGUCCUUCGGCAGUUCCAACAGGUGGCCCACACCUCCAAGUUCAAGGACCUGCCAGCCAAACAGCUCCUGAAGUACCUGAAUAGCAACUCACUCUGUGUUUCAUCUGAGCUUGUUGUGUUUAAUGCUGUGGUAUCAUGGAUUCAAGCAAAGCCUAGUCGAAGGAUUAGACUCGCUGAUGAGUUCAUGAAAACGGUACAGUUUUCCCUGAUGACAUUCAAGGAAUUCAAAGAGGUCCAAUCACAGAACAUUUGGUGUGAUCACAUCUUGACAGAGGUAUAUCGAAAUGUGUCUGAAGACUUCUGCUGCAACCGGACUCCGGGGAAGAGCCAGUGCCGUAUCUAUCAGCCCAAAGAGAGUCUUGUCUUGAUUGGGGGCGACCAGAUCUCUGAAGACCUGUGCAGCCGCAGCAUCAGCAGAGAUGUUUGGUUCGGAAAUUCUGUGAGAAGCCUAACGGGGACAAACAAGGUUAUUGAGUGGAGACGACUGGGAGAAAUGCCAGCUUCACCAAGGUUCAGUCAUGAAGUUGCUUUGCUCGAUGGGCAACUGUACAUUCUUGGAGGCAAAAAAUAUUACGGCAAGGGUGACAUCUUUAACUCCGUUUACAGGUACAGCCCACUUCAAAACAGCUGGGAGUCCCUGUGUGAGAUGCAAGAGAAGAGAUCCUCUUUCUCUGUGGUUGUACUGGAUGGACGAUUAUAUGCUAUUGGUGGAUACUGUGAACCUGAUCAUAUGGAUACUGUUGAAUGUUACUGCCCCACUACAAACUCCUGGAGAUUUGCCUGCCCCUUGGAGCUACCGUUGGGUGGGCACGUGGCAAAGAUUUCCAAAGGGCAGAUCUUUAUCUCAGGAGGACAAAACAGUGACCAGCUGUGCGUUGCAUCUAUGUUCCUGUAUCACCCGGAGACAGGAAGCACCUUCCUGACAAGCAUGAGCAAGUCUCGAGCUCAUCACAGCAUGGAGGCUUUGGGAGAACACCUGUACGUGGCAGGAGGAAUCAGCACCAACGAUAACGUGACUGUUAUCGACCAGCUUGCCUGUGAAAUGUACAGUCCGGCCGCAGACUCCUGGACCGCGUUUACGUCUCUGCAAGUGCCACACGUCGGGGCAGGGAGUGCAGUUUUGGAGGGGAAGUUUUAUUUGUUGGGUGGAUACAGCCAGGAGGACUUCAGUGACACAAAUAUGGUCCAUCGCUAUGACAACGCCACGCAGAAAUGGGAGAACAUGGGACAAAUGCCAGGGCCCAACAAUGAAAUACGAGCAUGUGUGCUGCGCUUGCCACAGCAUUUACGUAUGUAAACUGUUGUCGGCAUGUCAGAGAUUUCAGUCAUAAUCUUUCAGGAGUUGAUUUUUUUUUUUUUUUUUUUUUUUACAAUGAUGUGUGUUGGGCUUUUGUCUUCUGGUAUCUGAAACUCAAAGUAUUCAAGUGUUCAAGUCUUAAAAUCUAAAGGAAUCAUCUCAAACUACACAAAUUUCUCAGUUUUAUUAACCGUAGCUUCCAAGAUAAAAUUGAUCGUUAAUUAUGUGCAUCCAAUAAUGAAAAAAAAAAAAUACACUACUGCAGUAGUAGUUUGAAACUUACGAAGUUUUCAUGUUAUGUCCCUGCAUAUUGUAGUAAACAGAUUAUUAAAUACAUGUGUGUUUAACAGGGCAUCAAAGUUUAGUCUGUGCUUUAUGUUUAAUAUCUGUCUUAUAAUAAAUGUGUCCAAACACUGCGAUAUGUAGGUGCAGACAUUUAACGGUAUUCAUACGAUUGAGAGUUUUGCUGAA